AUGAACAACAGCACUCUUUCAAACACCAACACUUCGAACAACGUGGACUUUUCGUGCAAAUUCAAAGAUGAAGAUUGGACUCGUGCUCUUAAAACUUUUGCAGUUUUCUUUGUUGGUGGAUUUGGCAUUUGUGGUAACAUCUUCGUCAUCGUCCUAGCUGUUAAGUAYAUUGUAAGAAGAAAUCUUCAUCAUUUGAUCAUCAACAUGGCCGUCGCAGAUACCCUUGUUGUCCUCACAGUGUUCUUCGCUGCUGUAYCGCGAAUCCUCGAUCAAUCCAUUUGGGCAACUAUUAAGAUUUUUGGAGACAUGGUUUGUAGAGUAUUUACAUUCCUGCUCGCGACUUCCAUGAGCGUGACAUACAUCACUCUUUUGAUAAUCAGCAUUGAACGAUUCAGAGCAUCGAGACGAACUGUGCAAAUAGCACAGCCGUACACAACUAAGAAAAAGUUGGCUGUGGUUGCUUUUUCAUGGUUGAUUUGUGCUGCUUAUAUUGCUGUUGAGAUACCAUAUAGAACUGUCCAAGAACCGCUACCUGAGGUAUAUACAUGCCAAGGGACUUCACAAGUUUCCAGUAAAGUGAGAGUCUUCCAAUACAUCGUAUUCUUUUCUGUAUUGUUUUGCCUCUUCACUCUGARCAUUGCCACCUUACGAACGAUUUCUCACCRACAAGGAAUUGAGGCAAGUCUUCCUGAAGUGCAGAGAAAGGCCAGAGAGAAAAGAAUAGCCAGUGCUGUAAAAAUGGUUUUGAGCUCGCUGCUUCUUUAUAUGUGUUGCUACUUGCCUUACAACAUUUGGAAUGUUGUGAAAUUAAUUCUGGAAAGGCACGGCAGUYAUUCUGUGCAAGACAUUCUUUGCUUUGAGUUGAACAUAUAUCAAUUCUUGACGAAUUUUUCAGCUCUUGUCAACUCUUGUUUGAGUCCGGUAAUAUACGUGAAAWUUUUGCCUGAUUUUCGUGAUGCAGCRAGAAAAGUGCUCAGAAGAGUUGUUUGUUCCGCAGAGAGCGAUGAAGURCAGCAUGAACCAUCUCGAGACAGGCAAGAAUCGAAAGAAAACAUCAAUUUGAGAAGAACUGAUGCAAUGAUUCAAAUUGAAGGUCAAAGUAKAAAUAAGGCAAUGUAG